CGUGUGCGCGUUUUUUCGUCGCAGCUAUGAUAAAAUUGAAAGUCAAACGACGUAAAUAAACGAUUCAUUGCGAGCGAUUGCAAAAAAAGUUAUGGCUUUUCCAGCAGAUCCAGUUACCAUGGAGAAUCAGUCGCCAUGGGAAGACGACGAUGAUAUAAAUUGGCACUGCUGCAUUGAUGGCAAUUUUUCUGCUACACUCAAUUUGCAUCAAGCAGCUAAAUGUGAAAAUUAUCAGUUUGAAAUAUUUAAAGGGGAUGCCCCGAUGCCAUGCGAACGAUUCAGAAUAGAGGCUCGUAGCAAUGUGGUGCAACUGACUCUGGAGCAUGCGAGUAGAAGUGACACUGGCCACUAUUCUUUAAAUGCCAAGCGUCAUUCCAACGAAAACGAAUCCGAGCGACUUUUUAAACGACGAGUUUACAUGAGUGUCGACGAACCGUCAUUUUUCGAAGAAGGCGAUCCACCUCUUUUUCUCCGUAGACUUAGCGAUCUCACUGUUAAAGUUGGUACGAGGACGAGGUUCCUUGUUGAAAUACGUAGUACGUCUGAAACUAAGGUUACAUGGCACCGAAACGAUGAACCGAUUAAACCAGGAUCGAGAUUCUCUUUUGUGCACGAAGGGAAUUUUUUCUGUGUCGAUGUUGCCCCCGUGACUGUGGAAGAUCAAGGACAUUGGACGUGCAUGGCAGAAAAUCGGUCGGGUCGUUCAUCUUGUACUUCUCAUUUAAAUAUUAUAGUACCAAAGGCUUAUAAAAGACCAGAAUUUGCCAGUGAACUUCGAGCUUUAUUAACCGAAUUUGGUUCAGUAUCUUUGGAGUGUAAAGUCAUAGGAGUACCAACACCGGUUUUACGAUGGUUUAAAGAUAAUAAAGAAAUUAAAGCUGGUGAUGUAUUUGCUCUUUCUGCAAACCCAGAUGAUCCGACAUCUUUGGGAACUUACACGUGCCAAGCAAUUAACUGUAUGGGAAUAGCGUAUUCAUCAUCUAGAGUUCAUGUUGUUGGUAAAGGAAGCAGAGAGGGAUCACUGAAACCAGCAGACGCUUUGAUAGUUGCUGGAGAUCCACCUAUUUUCAAAAGAUCGCUGAAAGAUGAUUGUUGUAGAAUUGGGGAUUCACUCUAUUUAGCAUGUCAAGUUCAAGUACCCCCGUGGCCAAAAGAGAUCGCAUGGUAUAACAAAGAAGGACAUGUUAAAAGUGGCGAUAGGUAUAAAAUAAUGGAGGAUGGUUUGGGAGGCUAUUCGAUUCAAAUUCAACCAGUUGAAGCUGCUGACGAAGGAGAAUGGAAAUGUGUUGCUACAAGUCAUGAAAAUAUUAAACAAUUUACGACAUGUUAUGUCGCGAUGUCCAUUCCUAGAAAUUACAGAAAACCCCGUUUUAUGGAAAGCUUAACUGCAGUUUUAACGGAAGAGGGUUUGGUUUCAUUUGAAUGUAAAGUAGUUGGCUUUCCAACGCCAUUAUUGAGAUGGUUCAAAGAUGGCAAAGAACUGAAGCCAGGAGAUGUAUAUCAAUUGACAGGGACUAAUUCUCUCGGUACAUACUGCUGCGUUGCCAAAAAUUGCAUGGGAGAAGCUACGAGCACGGCUGAACUUACUCUCGAAGAUAUUAAAAAUCAGUUAAAUGAUGAAGAAAGGCUACAACUGCUAACGAUUAAUCAACCUCCGAAGUUUAUAAAAGGUUUAAAGAGUUGUGAGGCCAAAAUAUGCAGUGAUUUUAAAUUUACUGUGCAAGUUAGCGUUAUGCCAGUACCAAAUUUCAGCUGGUAUCGGGACGAUCAUUUAAUAGAAAAUGAAGAUCGAUAUCAAGUAGAGAAAGAGAAUACCGGUGUUGUCCAUUUAAAUAUUCUUAAGCUUGAAUUUUGCGAUCAGGCUGAAUGGAAAUGCGUAGCAAGUAACGAUUUUGGACACAGCGUUACCUCUUGUUUCUUAAAGCUCAUCAUUCCAAGGCACUACAGAAAACCAAAAUUCUUAGAAAAUUUACGUGCUAUCUUAUCUGAAGGUGGAGCUGUUAAUCUUGAAUGUAAAGUAAUUGGCGUGCCACAACCUACAUUAAAAUGGUAUAAAGAUGGAGAAGAACUGAAGCCUGGUGAUAUUCACAAAAUCAUAUCUGGUCAGGAUGGUACAUGUUCUUUAGGAACUUACACUUGUGAGGCAACCAAUUGUAUGGGAACAGUUAGCAGUUCUGCUUCAUUGCUGGGUUACGAAGAUCGCAUUUCACCUCGUCAAUCGGGCUCAGCAAUUUCAGCCAAAGUUGAAAAUGAGCUUGAACUGGCUCGCAACCUUUCGUUAUCUACCAUAAACGAAGAGAGAACUUCUCAACUUUUGGAAACAGCAUUAACAGAUCAAUCUAUUACUGAACGCGGAGAAAUUUCUUUCACUUUUGACGGAAAAGAUGUGUCUGUGAGCCUUUACGAAACACCUGAUUUAACUGAAGAAGAGGCAUAUCAAAUUAUCGAAAUGUACGCUGAUCAACUUUCUGAACAUGUUUCUGAACACAAUGUUGUUGAACUACCUCCUAUGCGUUUCGUAAAAGAGACUUCAACAUCUGGGAAUUUGUACAUGCAGGCUGUUGUCAUAGAUGUUUCUCCUGAUUACUUUGCCAGUAUAGAAGAAAAUUAUGAUCAACGAACAGAAGCUGAUUUAGAAGAAAUAUCAACGAUAGAUGUCACAACAUUUUCUUCUCCAAUGUCUGGUUCAUUCGAUGAUGAAGGUACUCCAGUUCGACCACCGCGACGAAAUUCCGAAGCCAUUACCUCGAAAGUCCAAGAACAUACUGAAAGUUAUCACAGUGCUCCUGAACGAGAUAUUUCAUUGAAUUUGCCCGAUAAUAUUCUCAACACUGAAGCAGAUACCAACGCUGAAACCUUUAUGGAUGCACUUUCACGAGCUCAACCUUGUGAUUCUGAAACUAGGAAGAAAGAUCACUCUAGGAAAAGAUCGAAUAGUGGCGAUUCUUAUGGUACUGCUACCGAUUUACUCUUAGAUCAGACUUCGAGUCCAGUGAAGAAAAAAAAAGAAGAAAUGACAUACCACACUGAAACAGAAAAACAGUUUGGCCAAAAAUGUGAUUUUGAGGAACCAAAUUUGACUUUUGUCGAUCAAAUCCCAGAAGAUGUUAUGCAUCAGCGUUCAUGUUCAUCUAUGCAUUCUGAAAAAGAAAAACUAUUUUUGAAAAACGAUGAAAAACAAUUCAUUGAGUUGCUUCGAAAAAUAGCUGAACCGGUGUUGGUCGUUCGGAGAGCUUUAAUUGAUUCAGAUUUUAUUUUUGAAAAUGAACAAUUAAUCAAUUCGUUUGUGACAGAAAACGUUUUGAUCCCCAUUCAAAACCUCUAUGAUACAGUUACAGAUGUGGAAUCCAAAGCCUUAAAUAAUGCAGAAGAUCGAUCGUUUAUUCGUGACAUAAGUAUAUCAAUUUUGGAAAUAAUCGGUGGACCUGCGGAAGAGCUUUUACGAGCGUUUGAACUUAUUCACCAAGAAAAUAGCGAUGGUAGCAUUCGAAUAAAUUUGUCCAUUUUGGAAUCCUUAGUGGACCCAGUUGAUGAAAUACUAUUUGGAUUAGCAAAAUUAGAAUUUGAUUUAUGUGACCAAAGUAUCAGCGUAAAUCCAAUCGUCCUAGAUCGAAUUAUUCGAACUACUAGUAGAUACAGAGAUACCCUUCAAAAAAGUGAUGGUAAUAUAAAUGAAACCAUGAUGACGGCCUUACAAAAAAUUCAUUCAGCGUUGAGUACAUAUCUGAAUAAAAUCUCCGUUAAUCAGUUUGGAAUAUGGAAUGAGAAUAUUGAUGCUGUUCUUGUUGAGUCUCUUGCCCGUCCACUAGAAGACCUUCAACGAGCUUCAGAAUGCAUUUUGUUAAAUAACUCCAUAGAUAACAUGGAAAAAAUGUUAGAAGUCUUCAAUGAAAUUUUGUCACGUUUAGAAGCAUUAGUGGUGGCUCUAGAAGGUUACGAAGGUGAUUACAGAGCUAGUUUCGUUGUGGAUCUAAAAAAAUCAAUAGUUAUAGCAGCAGAAGUAUUAUCUGAAAUGAAAAAUGACAAAAUGAUAUAUUUAUCCAGUUUACCAGAAUUAAUAUUGGAUAAUCUCGUGGAUACUCAAGCCUGUGUUAAUGCUGUUAUUAUUGAUUUAGAAAAAUCUCAUGCACAAUCAUCAUCUAAACUUAUAUCUGAUUUAGUGGAACUACGAGAACACCUGGCAUUCGCAGUUCAUAAAACAACGACUUUGAAAGCUGAAGAAAUGAUAGCGGCACUUGGUAAUUUAGAGAAACCUCUGAUCAAUUUACGAUUAUCUUUGACAAAUAUUUCAGAGCCUACGGAGUUUACAUCGAUACGAAAUGUCAUUCAGCCACUAAUUACAUUACAAUCAACAUUUUCAACUCUGUUACAAAAUAUUGAGACACAAGAAGAAGAUGAUGAAAUUUCAACUAAACUUCAACCCGUUAAUGUGAUUAUUGAAGAUUUGAAAAAAAAUGUAUUACUUAUUUCAGACGAAAUUAACGUCACUAAGUAUGAAAGUGAGUCUAAAUUCGAUGAGCAGCGGGAAAUUGAAAGUUCGGUGCCAGAAGUAUUAUAUGAAAUGCAAUUUGCUUCGCAAUUAGGGACGGUUCAUUAUGAAAUAGCAUCAAUAUUGGAAAAGUAUGAACAACUGGAAGGAGCUGAUACAUCAUUAGUAUUACAUAAUUUAAAUGAAUUGAGAGCGAGUAUUGGAAAUGCUGCAAUAGCCAUAGACUCUAUAAUUAGUUCAUUCAAAUUGAACAUAGAUGGCUUAACACAUGAGCUUUUAGAACUAGAAAUGCCACUAAACAAUGUUAAUGAUGUUUUAAUCAAUGAAAAGUAUUUGUCAGUUCAAACUGAUGUUUUAGUUGAAUUACAACAGCCAAUGGAAAGGUUGAAAAUUAUCAUUCAAAAUUUUGUAAAACAAAUAGAUCAAGAAAGUGUAGCGUCUCCAGUUGUUGAAGCAAUUGUUAAUAUUCAAAAAACGUUAUCACUUUUUAUGAACUCAAAUUUUCCAAUACCCAAUGAUAAUUAUGAUACUACAGAUUUUGCAAAUGUUACCAAAAUACGAGAUCCAGUAAGUCAGGAAGAUAACAAUAAAGAAUUUAUAGAAUCUCAUGGUAUAAAAAGUCAUGAAAGCGAGAACGAUGAAUUUUUGGAAAAGCGUACAGCUUACCCGGAAGAUAUUUUUUUUGCAAAAAUAUCACAGUCUUUAAAUGAAAUUGAACAGAAUAUAGUACACAUUUUAGAUAAAUUUGAUCAAGAGUUAGUUCUUGUUAGUUCACCAAUUGCGUCGAGACUUGCCGAAGCUUUAGAUGGUUUGCGUAAAACAAUUUUGGUAGUUCGAUCAAACUUAUCUAAAAUUGCUUUAGAAUUUACCGAUGUCAAAUUUGAUUCGUCACAAUCUGACUCACAACAAAAUACAGAAUGUAUUUCUUCAGCAUUGGAGGAAUUAUUAUGUCCUAUUUUAGAAGUACGAGAAGCUUUGACACAAACUGAAACAUUUAAAGCCCCUGAAAUGCUUAUUUUAAAACAACUAGAUCAGCCAAUGAAAGCUAUUGAAUCAAACGUUCUCUUUUUAGCUUUAGAAGCACAAUCGCGCGUAAUUGAUAGUGGUAAAUCAUCAGGUCGAGCGUGUUUAGAUACAAUAGCUCGAGUAUUAAAAGAUAUUGAAUCACAAAUACCGAUAGCUCUGGACGCAGUAAAUCAUCGAGAAAAAAUGUUGAGUACUUUGUAUGAUAAUUUAAAACCACUGGAAAUAAUAAAGGAUAGAAUUUCCGAAAUAUUAUCUGACUCAUCAAACGGGGACAACAUAGAAUUUGAUGUCGCUGAUAUUCUCAUUAAACCAGUUGAUUCGCUCAAAUUAAUAUUACAUGAUUUCUUCGAUCAGAUUGACGCAGGUGGAGCCUUAAGUUGUAAAGAUAAAAAUGUAAUAUCAUCAUUAAAUGGUUUGAUUGAACCUUUUAUUGAAUUGCAAAGUGCUUUAUCGGUAGUUAGAAAUAGUAGAAGAACCUCCAUGGUUGAACCUGCUUUACAAGAUGAGAAAAAAAACGUUAUAUUGAAAGCUGUGAAAGAAUUACGAUUAGGCAUUGAAAAUAUUCAUUUUAACGUAAAAAAAGAAGAAAAUGAUUCGGCUGCUAAUGCGACGCCAAUAUUGGUUUCAGUAGAUGAUUUAGAUUCAGCGUUGCAGUUGGUUCAAAAUCGAAUAAGUGAAACGAAGUAUAUCCGACGGCGAAGCUGUUUGCGAAGUUUACAGGAACGAGUGUCUAUGCCCUUGAAACAAUUGGAACAAAAAAUUAAAUUACUUGAGAAAGAACUCGAUCACCAGAUAUUAAAUUUAAUAUCAGAAUCAUUAGAAACAUUAUUAAAACAAAUUCAAUCGGUGCAGGAGCAAUUCAUCGAUUCGUCUACCCAAGUCAUAGACGAAGAAGCUAUAAUUGAAGGGUUUUUGUAUCCAACACAGCGGCUUUUAACUUCUUUAGAGAAUUUGGAGCAGAAUAAAGUAUUAUCUAGAGUGAAAAAUCAUAAAAUAUUUUUGAAUCAUUUAGCACACUGUAUAGCUCAUUUUAGUAACACUCUUUUAACUUUGAAAAAUGAGUUAGUUCAGGAAGGUGUCAGUGAAAAUAUUUCAGUCAUUGAGACUUUAAACGCUGUUCUUAUUCCAACAAACAAGAUAGAAAAAGUUCUUUAUGAAAUAACAAAGCCAAUUGAAGAUGAAGAACAAGACCAUGAAGAUUCUAUCGAUAGCUUUCAAAAAGUUGAAAUGAGAAGUGGUGAACAAGUUUCUACUGUGUUAACUACAGUAGAAACAAUCGUUGAUGAAUUCAUCGAAGUAUCCAAACAUGAAACUGAGAGCCUUACGAUGAUGAAAGUUGCGACAGAAGACAACAUUGAUAAUGAGUAUAAUUCUGGGUUACUUCCGCUUGAAUUAGGUUCUGAUUAUUGUGAAUUUGAAAUGCAUUUGGAAGACAUUGAAACAUUGUUACCAAAUUUGAAAGCAAAUGAAUCUUCUGCGGUGAGUACAGUUCAAUCAGAUAGUGGAAUAAGUGAAGGAGUUGAUAAUACUAGUAUGCAUGUGAUUGGAUCAACUCCAAGUUUUGUCGAAGAGGAACAAAGUAGUAUAACAGCUCUGUGGUCUUUAAUUAAAGAACCAUUAAAUAAAUUGCAAGAAUGUAUUUCUACAAUCACGAAUGUUCCAUUUACAUUAGAAAGCGUUGACAAUAGAGACGAAGAAGCCACGUACGAGAAAAAUAUCAUCUCUUCACGCCUCGAAAAUUUGAAAGAAUCAAUCUCAGUUAUGGAAAAAAUAGCUCUAGAAGGAACAGAGCAAAUAAAUUUAUCAUCUUGGCCAGAAAAUAGCUUACCUGCGUUACAAAACUUAGCUUGGUCUUUAGAAGAACUUGGUGAAAACUUACCUAUAAUAAUAUCAAAAUCGCAAAUAACACUCGAGGACUCUACAGAAAAUGAAAUGUAUCAGAGCAUAACUGCUAUGAGUGCCUUAAAAACAUUGAUAGCACCUUUGCAUGACCUAAAACAACGAUUAGGAUUAAUAGUAGAUGAAAAAGAUCAAGAGCAGUCCCAAAUUAUUAUUGAAAGUGAAGUAAAUGACAUGGAGCGUGAAAACAUAAAAAUAAAGCAUGAAAAAUGUGAAAAAAGUAUUAGUAAUGAGGAGAAACCAAUAAUUGAAGAAUUAAGUGAGACUAAUGAUUUGAAUCAAAGUCAUAAUAAGAAGCAAAAGCUUGAAAAUUAUGAAAUUUACGAGCAAAGAAAAGGCGAAGAAGAAGAAGAAGAAGAUAAAAAAUACAAUGAGCCUCUCGAAAACGAUGUGAAACAAACCAUUUUUACACAACAUCAACCGACUGAAAGAUUAAAAAAUCAAGAAGACGACAGCGUGACGGAAAAGACGACGAACAAAUUAAAAGAACCAGGAACAGAAAAAGAGAAGAAAGAAGAAACAAAACACGUAAAAAAGGAGGAAGAGAGGAGUUGUGAGUUGAAAAAGGACGAAAAUUUGAAAAAAAAUGAAAAUAAAAUACACGAAGUUGAAGCAGCUAAAGGUUUGGAACUGGAUAAAGAGACAAAUGAAAAACUCGGUGAAUCUAAAAAGUUAUGUCUAGUCACAGAGGAAAAGAAAAUUGAACAAGAAUAUGAUGGAUACGUGGAAAAAGAGGAAAACGAAAAACGAGAACAACCUCAAACUGAACAUCCGAAAGAAGAAAAACAUGAGCUAGGGCUAGAAAAAGCUGAACUUCCAUUAGAAGUAACAAACGAACCGAAUGAAAUCAAGCAAACUGAAUCAUUACAAGAAACAGAACUCUUCUAUCAAGAAAAGACUGCAGAUCAAAAUUACGCAAAAGAGGAUAAGAACGAAAAAAAAACAAAUGAUAGUGAAAGUUUGAAACAAGAAGAUGUGAAGCAUAAGCAAGUCCAAUCAGGUCCAUUGGAGGAAGAACAAAAAAAACAAGAAGAAGCUCAGGCUGAAAAAUUGAAAACAGAAGAAGACAAAAUAAAACAAGUACAAGCUGAAAUGUUAAAGCAAGAAAAAACAGAAAAGGAAACAGAAGCUGAAGUUGAACGUUUGAAACAAGAAGAAGAAGAACAUCAGAAAAAAUCGGAAGCUGAACGUCAAAAAAAAGAAGAAGAAGAAAAGGAAAUGCAAACUGAAACUGAGCGAUUAAAACGAGAAGAAGAAAAGCAAAAACAAGCUAAAGCUGAACGUCUGAAAAAAGAAGAGGAGGAAAAACAGAAACAAACUGAAGCUGAAAAUCUAAGAAAGGAACAAGAAGAAGAAAGGGAAAAGCAAGCAGAACCUGAACGAUUGAAACGAGAGGAAAAAGAAAAGAAAAAGCAAGCUGAAGCUGAAGCAGACCGUCUAAAUAAAGAAGAUGAGGAAAAGAAAAUACAAGCUAAAGCUGAAAAGCUGAGAAAAGCAGAAGAAGAAGAAAAUGAAAAGCAAGCAGAAGCUGAACGAUUAAAACGAGAGGAAGAAGAAAAACAAAAGCUAGCUGAAGCUGAACAUUUCGAAAAGGAAAAGGAAGAAAUGCAAAAGGAAGCUGAAGCUGAAAAGCUAAGAAUAGAAGAAGAAGAAAGGCAAAAGCAAGCUGAAGGUGAACGAUUGAAAAAAGAAGAGGAGGAAAAACAGAAACAAGCUGAAGCUGAACGUUUGAGAAAAGAAGAAGAAGAAGAAAGGGUAAAGCAAGCAGAAGCUGAACGUUCGAAACGAGAGGAAGAAGAAAGGCGAAAGCAAGUUGAAGCUGAACGUUUGAAAAGAGAAGAGGAGGAAAAACAGAAACAAGCUGAAGCUGAAAAGCUAAGAAAAGAAGAAGAAGAAAAGCAAAAGCAAGCUGAAGCUGAAAAGCUAAGAAAAGAAGAAGAAGAAAAGCAAAAGCAAGUUGAAGUUGAACGUUUGAAAAAAGAAGAGGAAGAAAAGCAAAAGCAAGCUGAAGCUGAACUAAGAAAAGAAGAAGAAGUAAGGCAAAAGCAAGCUGAAGCUGAACGUUUGAAAAAAGAAGAGGAAGAAAGGCAAAAGCAAGCUGAAGCUGAACGUUUGAGAAAAGAAGAAGAAGAAAGGCAAAAGCAAGCUGAAGGUGAAAAGCUAAGAAAAGAAGAAGAAGAAAGGCAAAAGCAGGCUGAAGAUGAACGAUUAAAACGAGAAGAAGAAGAAAAGCAAAAACAGGCUGAAGCUGAAAAGCUAAGAAAAGAAGAAGAAGAAAGGCAAAAGCAAGCUGAAGCUGAGCAGGAAGAAGAAAGACAAAAGCAAGCUGAAGCUGAACGUUUGAAAAAAGAAGAGGAAGAAAAACGGAAACAAGCUGAAGCUGAACGUUUGACAAAAGAAGAAGAAGAAAGACAAAAGCAAGCUGAAGUUGAACAAGAAGAAAGGCAAAAGCAAGCUGAUGCUGAACGUUUGAAGAAAGAAGAAGAAGAAAAGCAAAAGCAAGCUGAAGCUGAAAAGCUAAGAAUAGAGGAAGAAGAAAGGCAAAAGCAAGCUGAAGCUGAACGUUUGAGAAAAGAAGAAGAAGAAAGGCAAAAGCAAGCUGAAGCUGAACGUUUGAAAAAAGAAGAGGAGGAAAAACAGAAACAAGCUGAAGCUGAACGUCAGAAGAAAGAAGAGGAGGAAAAACAGAAACAAGCUGAAGCUGAACGUUUGAGAAAAGAAGAAGAAGAAGAAAGGGUAAAGCAAGCAGAAGCUGAACGUUCGAAACGAGAGGAAGAAGAAAGGCAAAAGCAAGUUGAAGCUGAACGUUUGAAAAGAGAAGAGGAGGAAAAACAGAAACAAGCUGAAGCUGAAAAGCUAAGAAAAGAAGAAGAAGAAAGGCAAAAGCAAGCUGAAGGUGAACGUUUGAAAAAAGAAGAGGAGGAAAAACAGAAACAAGAUGAAGCUCAAAAGCUUAGAAAAGAAGACGAAGAAAAGCAAAAACAAGCCGAAGCUGAACGUCUGAAAAAAGGUGGAGAAGAAAAGCAAAAACAAACUGAAGUAGUUGGAAGAGAAGGACGAUAA